AUCAUGGUUCGGUCUGUGGCCUGCGCAGGUGUGAUGGCUCUGCUGAUGAUCCAGUGGGGCUCUGCUGCAAAACUGGUCUGCUACUUCACCAACUGGUCCCAGUACCGGGAGGGAGCAGCUCGGUUCAUGCCCAGCAACGUGGCCCCUGACCUGUGUACCCACCUGAUCUACGCCUUUGCUGGCAUAAGCGACCAGCACCAGAUCAGCUCCAUGGAAUGGAAUGACCUAUCUCUCUACCAGGAGUUGAACAGCCUGAAGAAGAUGAAUCCCAAGCUCAAGACUCUGCUAGCCGUCGGGGGCUGGAGUUUGGGUACCCAGAAGUUCACAAACAUGGUGGCCACUGCCCAGAACCGGAAGACCUUCGUGGACUCAGCCAUCCGAUUUCUGCGCACAAAUGGCUUCGAUGGCCUUGACCUUGACUGGGAAUACCCAGGAAGCCGCGGGAGCCCGGCGGUGGACAAGGAGCGAUUCACAGCCCUGGUGCAGGACUUGGCGAACGCCUUCCAGCAGGAGGCCCCCACCUCGGGGAAGGAACGCCUGCUCCUGAGUGCCGCCGUCUCAGGGAACCGAGGCCACAUGGAGGCCGGCUAUGAGGUGGACAGAAUCGCUCAGAGCUUGGAUUUCAUCAACCUCAUGGCCUAUGACUUCCACGGAACCUGGGAGAAGGUCACAGGACACAACAGCCCCCUCUACAAGAGGCAGGGAGAGCAGGGGGUAAAUGCUGAACUGAACGUGGAUGCUGCUGUACAACUGUGGCUGCAGAAGGGAGCCCCUGCCUCCAAGCUGGUCCUUGGCAUGCCUACCUACGGACGGUCCUUCACUCUGGCCUCGUCGGACGCCAGCGUGGGGGCCCCGGCCUCAGGGCCUGGCGUCCCUGGCCCCUUCACUAAGGAAGGAGGGAUACUGGCUUACUAUGAGGUCUGCUCCUGGAAGCCGAGCCAGAGAAUCGAGGACCAGAAGGUGCCCUAUGUAGUCCGGGACAACCAGUGGGUGGGUUUUGACGAUGUGGAGAGCUUCAAGGCCAAGGUUGCCUAUCUGAAGCAGAAGGGCCUGGGCGGGGCCAUGGUCUGGAGCCUGGGCCUGGAUGACUUCUCCGGCUCUUUCUGCAAUCAGGGCCGCUACCCGCUCAUCCAGACGCUUCGGCAGGAGCUGAGUCUUCCAUCCAUGCCUCCAAGUCCCCCAAAGCCCCAAGUGCCUGCUCCUGGCCAGCCCUUGGAACGUGAGCCGGGCACCAGCCCUGGGCACGGCGCCUUCUGCCAGGGCAAAGCGGAUGGUCUCUACCCCAACCCCCGGGAUCCGUCCACCUUCUACAGCUGUGCAGGGGGCCGGCAGUUCCUGCAGAACUGUCCACGAGGCCUGGUGUUCAGCACCUCCUGCAGCUGCUGCACCUGGGCCUGAGUCCCCGCAGCCGCUUCC